UUGUUGCACACUGUUUGAUACAGCUGUUCAUUGGCGUGAGAAGGAAUCGGAGAAUUUGCUUAAAAAAUAAAUUUGAGCUAACAAUUUGCAAAAUGAAGGUUAUCUACAAUACACUGUUCAAGCGGACUUCCACCUACGCUGUGGCCAUCAUCGCGUCUGCAUUUUUCUUUGAGCGCGCCAUCGAUGUUAGCUCGAACAUGAUUUUCGACUCCAUCAACAAAGGCAAACAAUGGAAGGACAUCAAGAGCAAAUAUGAAUAGACGAGCGGCUAGCUUUAAAUAAAAACAGUGAUGAUUCAUUGUAAUUAGCAUAAAAAAGAAUCAACGUUUAUUCUAAAAGAAAAA